AUGGUCACUAUGGAUGUUAAAGGCAUAACAUGGGUUGAAAAUAUGUACCUGAAGUUGGAGAAUAUGUUCCUUGAGGUGGAAGACGUGAUGUACCAGGAUACGGUUAAAUACAUAGAGGAUCAGAUGCAGGCUGUAGGGGAAAGUGUUAAAAAGUUAUAUUCAGACAUUAUGGGAGAUUUACUUCCCCCAGAUGAAAAGGUAGGCAUUGCAUUGCCUAUAGAUAAAUAUGCUGAUGCUGGGCUCUGUAAGAAGCCAUUCCAAGUUUGUAAGGAAAGACAUGUAAAAAAUUAUACCAAGCAAACAACUGAGGACUCAAGGAUUGACCAUGGUGUCAAUAAAUUUGCCACACUUGCUACUCCAUAUGAUGAUACUUCUAAGGCUAAUGCCUCAAUCAUGUCGUCUUUGAGAAGUUCUGUCAAAGAACACAAUUUUAGUUCACCUUCAAGACGAUUUGUUGGAAGAAUGAAUGUUAAAUCAAACCUUCAUAUUGAUGAAUAUCCAGUAAAUAAGAAAAUGGCUGCAACCAAGAUAAUCAAUGAAUUCACUUUGUCAGGAACAGAUGCGUGCAUGACAUCACAGUCUUGUGAGACCUCAAACAAAGGCCAAAACCAGAAUCAUGGAAUUAGUAUUUCAAAGCCAGCUUCAUCUGAAGUGGAAACGCUUAGCUCUGAAACAGACUGUUCUAAUGAAAUUGAAAAUGAUACUACCACACAAUUUCCCAAUUUUCUGGUACUUGAUAAGUCAACUGGAGAGAAACAAAUUGAUACCAUUUCUUCCUCACGCGUGUCGUUUGAAGAGCCAGUUGAGCAAGGCAAUGAAACCAUGCAACUAGAUCAUCUGCAGCUUGAGGAAGCUUGUGUUAUGGUGAAUAGAGAUCAAAUUCAAUUACCUCCCAAAGCAGGUGGUAAUUAUUUGAAUACUAACAAGAAAAAAUCGCGGCGACCCUUUUCAUUGUCCAAGAAAUCUGCAAGAAAGCAAGAGUACAAGGAGCUUGCAGCGUGGCAUCAGAGCAGUGAGAACGCAAAGGGAGAUUGCAUGGAGAAUUUUGAUCCAACUUUAUCACAGGAUGAGAAGAAAUCACUUCUUCCUAGUAUGUCUGAACCUGAGUGGGAGCUUCUCUAA